CAAAAAAAACACCCAACACGUAUAUAGUGGAGUAGACAGUAACAGUACGACGAUCCUGAGCUGAGAUGGCCGUCGCGAUCUCCAUCAAGCUGGCCGCGCUCGCUGCGCUCGUCGUCUCCGUGUUCGCCACGCACGGCGCUCGCGCGCAGCCGAGCUACUACAAUGCCUCUGCCGCUCGCAGAGAACUGUACUACUCCAGCACCACCGGCGGCAGCUGGCUCCCGGCCAGGGCCACCUGGUACGGUCGGCCCAACGGCGCCGGCCCCGACAACAACGGUGGCGGGUGUGGGUACAGCGGCACCAACACGUACCCUUUCAACUCCAUGACAUCCUGUGGCAACCAGCCCUUGUUCAGGGACGGCAAAGGCUGCGGCGCGUGCUACCAGAUAAAAUGCGUGAGCAAGAACAACGCUGCCUGCUCCGGCGAGCCCAAGACGGUCAUCAUCACCGACGUGAACUACGACACCAAGGUCGCCCCCUACCACUUCGACCUCAGCGGCACGGCGUUCGGCGCCAUGGCUAAGCCUGGGCUCAACGGCAAGCUCCGCGACGCCGGCAUCCUCGACAUCCAGUUCAGGAGGGUGCCCUGCGACUACAAGGGCCUCAACGUGAAGUUCCACGUGAUGGGAGGCUGCAACCCGUUCUACUUCGCGGUGAUCGUGUACUACGCCGGCAGCGAUGGCGCCGUCGUGCAGGUGGACCUCAAGGAGGCCAACUCGCCGGCAUGGAUGCCGCUCUACGAGUCGUGGGGCGCCGUCUGGAGGAUCGACCCCGGCCACCCGCUCAAGGCGCCCCUCUCGCUGCGCGUCCGCAGCGACUCCGGCAAGACUCUGGUGGCCUACGACGUCAUCCCGAUCAACUGGAGGGGCAAUGCCGAUUACCGUACCAUCGCUCAGUUCCACUGAUCACUAGCUCCCGCGCGCGUAAUAGGGUCCAAUAUUUGUAUCUUUCUUUCAAUCGCGUGACUGGAAAAUUUGGUUUGCAACAUCUUAUUUUACGUUCUUUUCGAGAAUUGAAGGCUCCACCUUGUAGGUCACCCGACCAAUCUUCUGAAGAAUUUUGAAUGGACCAAAAUAUUUCAUAGAAAA